CCGACGCUAUGCGUGCGCGUUUAAUUGAAGAGGAAAAAGCAAUUUGGUCUUCAGUAACUGUAGCAGUUAAUAGAGCGGCGGCAGUAUAACUGAAUCAGUCGUAUAACAUCUAGCUAUAAUUUCUUAGCAGACAAGUCAUCUUACAAUGGACGAGUACGUCCGGUUUAAAAUCAACCGACGAUUAAGUUUGGUUGUGAACUUGGCGGAAUUUUCGGAUAAGACGAAGAAAAUGGCUUUUACGCUGGAACGUGAAAUAGCAAGAGAUAAUAAAACAUACAAACUUAGAGUUGCCAUAACAAAAGAAGCUGUGACAGCUCUUCAGGCCGGGAGUGUCGGAAUUAUAAAUGCAUUAGAAAGAAACGAGAACUUGGAAAAAGUUUAUACUCAGUCAAAGGAUAACCUGCGGAUCGAAGUGCAAAGAUGUUUAGACGGUUCUGAAGGCGUUCUUACCAUUGCCUAUUAUUAUCUCGAUCCGCAAUCAAACAACGAUAUGGUAUCCAUUCGCAAGUCUUCGUUCUCAACGAUUCUGGAAUAUGUCAGCAAUGAAUUCAAUGUAAACGACGAGUGGUUCGACGAAAGCAGUGUCGCGAAACUAGACCGCAAGAAAAAAGAAAAAAAGGACCGUCAAUCGAUUUCAUAAUAAUUUAAUAAUUAUAAAAUGAUUGCUCGCGCGAUCUAAUAAAAUGAUAAAAUUGAAAUUACUUAACG